AUGUGGAGCAAGUCGUACCGAAUCUGGGAGCUCGUCGGAUCAGAUACGAGCCCGCGGUUACAAAUUCGGAAGCUCGUCAGACCAGAUGCGGGCUCGCGGUUACAAAUUUGGAAGCCCGCCGAUAACUGGUGGUCCUCACGCAAGCCCGUGGACCACAUCAUGCGUCUUCUGUUGUGUUUGUCAUCGGCCUUCGCCACCGACCCCAGUGGCCGAGUGGUAGACCGCUGGAACUGGGACCGGGAGAGUCAAUCGGAGUCUGGGGAAGCUGUGGGCGAUGACAGCAGCGACGACGACCACAUUCAAGAAGAGAGAGUACUGCCAUCACCCUUUAGUCUACUCGAGGCACCUCGAGCAGAAUUGAUUGGUCCUCGCCACCCAGCUGCCUUUGUCGAGAAAAUCGGUGUCCAAGCGCGUGACGAGUGGGUGGUCGACAGUGUGAAGCUGAAGGACUGGCUUUAUCAAGUAGAAGAGUACCGAGGUCAGGGGAAAGUCUUCACCGACGAAGAGAUGGUCAACGUGCUACUCGAACUCCACAAAGAACACAAAAAUUCCCUACUGAAAGCUCUCCUAUCGCUUCGGGAUGACCCCUCUAUGGCACUACGGGCUGACGCUUUGACCACAGCGCUUUGCGCCGCAGACACGGAUGUUCAAUUCUUGGCGUACAAUGUGUGGCUCAACGCGAAAGUGGACCCCGACGUCGUGUUCCAUCUGAUUCCGAAAUCUUACAUCAAAGGGAUACUUCCCGAUGCUGUAAAUGCAGAGGAGAGUCCCCUUUUCUCGAAGUGUAUGUUAUGGCUCAUUUACGUUGUGCAGUACAGGGCCGGUAUGGGCUAG